GCUUCCUGGGAUCUAUCUCGCGGGGUCGAUAUACUAACUCGUCUCUAGCACUCCGGUGUCCUCCUCCAGUACUACGGCCUGACUGAGGCCAACUACUACACCGUUCUCUUCGGUGUCUCCCGUGCUCUGGGUGUCUUGCCACAGCUGAUCAUUGACCGUGCUCUCGGUGCCCCCAUCGAGCGCCCCAAGAGUUUCAGCACUGAGGCCUAUGCCAAGCUCGUCGGUGCUAAGCUGUAGAUUUGUCAAUGAUUUGAACCCCCCCCGGCGGAUGUGGAGUUUUUGUUACGAAUAAACACUUUAUACUUUGUAUUAUGCCUAUCUUGUUCUUGGAUUAUCCCUCUUUUUUUCUUUCUGCCUGGGAUCCGCCAAGUGUUGGGGUUGGCUCGAUUAAUGUAUGAUAGGGCACGGUUCGAGCGAGCCUAGUAACAACACUUUUAAAAUGAUCUGUCUAUUCCCAGACGUUCUGGUUGCCUUCUUGGCUUUCUUUCUUUCUUUUUCUUUCUUCCCUCCAUCUCCCCCUCCCUUUCACUCUCGUGAUCUAAUCUGCGUGCCAUGUUGUACAUGAGUUAUCAAGCUGGAGUGGGCUCUAUCCACCCAAGUAGGACUGAAGGGCGAGCGCGGCGGGUGUGAAGUAGACAUUCUCUUAUCCAUCAUGACCCGCGGCAAAGGAUGCGCCUCUUUAAAACGGAUUGACUCUGGACGGAGUACUCCGGGAAAGGAAGACAG